CACGUUUUUAAUUUUUUUUUCCCCCCUAUAAACGUUAUUUCCAUUAUAUCUUUCGGGGAAUUAGAAUUUUUAGACCGACAUUAUAGUAAACCUGCGCGGCUUCGUCGGUUCUGGGAAUUUUGGGGUUGAUGUGGUUUGUGCCAAAACCGGAGCGCUGCUGCAGUGCCAGCUUUUAUCGUUAUAAAACGUGCUGGCGCCAAGUUACCGAUCGUUCGGUGGAGAAUUUCAGCACAUUGCCUUGCGAUAUUCUCCCCUCCGAAAAAGCAAAUAGAGAAGUAAGGGUCCCAAAAUAGAUCCACUUUCUUCUCUGGGAUUGUCUUUGUCUUGCUUUGUUCUGCUUGAAUCAGCUGCGGGGCUGUUGGUGCAGUGUAUCUCUUUGUUAGAAAUCAGCACCAGCUUUCAUUAGCAGUGUAAACAAUUAGCAGCCCUGCUUCUUUUGAUGGGCUAACGUUUAACAAUAAAUUAAAGUAGAUCUGGGAUGCCUUUGCACGGGGGGUAUUUUUUGCUGUGUAAUUCAUAACGUCAUUGUCUUAAUAAAAUGUCUUCGUGUUCGGGAGCGCUGCCUUAAAUGAUGGAAUGUGAUGUAAGAGGAUGAAAUGACUGUGUGAAGUACUGAGCAUCCGGCUGUCGCUAGUAGGACGGAAUUUACAUAAAAUGUCGACUUUACUGGAUCGGAUCUGCUAUAAAUGCAAACGCAAUUAAAAUGUAUGGUGCUGCAUGUCAACCAUUAAUCUUCUGCUUCAGGUGUUCUUAAAAUUCCACAGCGUUGCCUUACUUUUGGAUCUCAAAACUGUAUGGAAAUGUGAAUUUUUUGCUAGAACUCCAAUGUUACCGUUCAAAGAAUGUUCCUUAUAGCUGUUGUUCUGUGAAUCGGUGUUUCUUGGUGUCCCAUGGAACAUAAAGCAGAUGGUGAUGACGCUGGAGGUGAUCCGCCCGUUGAGGAUGCGCCCAGAAGUGAUGGCUGGCGCUGAGAUGAGUCUGGGCUUGGAGCAGUGCUGAGAGGGCUUGGGGAGAGGAUUGUAGUGGAGCUCCAUCCCCAUUCCACUCCUAGCAGCUCUCUGGCCAUCCACCUCCGUUUCUGCCAGCUGGAACGGACAAGAACCUUGCCAACUGCCCCAGGCCUCCACUGAGCACAUUUAGGGAGAGGCAGGUGUGGCUGAGCUAGGAAAAAAACUGGAGCAGGGCUGAGAGAACUAAAAUGCCAGCGCAGCUCCUGUAGUUUCCUGCUCUAGCCACCCUCUUUAAAAUGCAUCCCUUUCUUUGCUUCCUCAUGUUCUUACCCGCAUGUCCUCUAUGAAUGAGGACAUAUUUUUGGGAGGGUCAGAACAGAAGAAGUGGAAGGAGGGGAUAUGAAGUACUUAGUGGGGAAAUGGGAUUUUUUUUUAACAAUGGCCAAGUUAAAAACAAAUGUGUGCAUUUGAAUGUUGAAAUCAAGUUCUUAAAACUGAACUCCUGAACGAGAACAGAAACGUACCGGCAGAGAUGGGAUUGUAUGGUAACAGGUUUGAAUUUGUACUGUAUCAUUCUGGAAAACUUAUUAGAGUGAAACUAGUCUGUAUAAUGCUAUAAUGUGAAUUUUAGUAAAAUUGCCUGUAAUACCAAUUCUAGAUGCUUGUUUUUAUCAUUGUAGUCCCUUUAAAAAAUAUUUUUUUCCAUUAGCACCCGUACUAGAAUUUGACUAUCUCAUCUGUGGAGACUGUGGCAAAGAAUUCAUGGACUCCUACCUUAUGCAGCACUUUGAUUGGGCAACAUGUGAUAAUUGCAGAGAUGUUGAAGAUAAACAUAAGCUUAUAACAAGGACAGAAGCAAAAGAAGAGUAUCUCCUUAAAGACUGUGACUUAGACAAGAGGGAACCGGUGCUCAGAUUCAUUGUGAAGAAAAACCCUCAUAAUUCACGAUGGGGUGAAAUGAAACUUUAUUUAAAACUGCAGGUAAUCAAGCGUUCACUUGAAGUGUGGGGUAGCGAAGACGCAUUGCAAGAAGCAAAGGAGCUCCGCCGUGACAGCAGAGAGAAGAUGAAACAGAAGAAGUUUGAUAAGAAGGUUAAAGAACUGCGCCGAGCUGUGAGGAGUAGUUUAUGGAAGAAAGCGGCUACUAUCCAUGAACAUGAGUAUGGACCAGAAGAAAACAUAGAUGAAGACACAUAUAAAAAGACAUGCACUGUAUGUGGCCAUGAAUUAACUUACGAGAAGAUGUAGCGUUAAUCUGGGUUUUGGGGUUUUUUUGGUGUUUUGUUUUUUUGUUUUGUUUUUAAUGGUAUUUUUUAUUAAAGUCAAAUAAAUGCUAAUUAUGACCAAGCUGUUGCCAAAUUCUGUAAA